AUGCAUUUUGUAUAUGUAGAAGAAUAAAUUAUAUGCUUUUCAUUUCAUAAAAUAAAGAAAAAGAUUUAAUUUAUUUUGAAUUAAAAUAAAGUUCAUAUGACAUUCAUCGUGAAAACAAGAAAAGUUCUUUUAAAAUAAAGUCUUGAAAUAAGAAGAUAAUUAAGUGUUGAAUUGCUUCAUCCAAAUAAGCCAACUCCAUCAUAAGAAUCAGUUGUCAAGGAAUUGGCUAGCAAGUAUAAAGCUGAUGAGAGAAAUGUUGUUGUCUAUGGCCUCAGAACAACAUUCGGAGGUAACAGAACUACUGGAUUUGCUCUCAUUUAUGACACUUAAUAGUAUUUACUUAAAUUCGAACCAAAAUUCAGAUUGAGAAGAAGAGGAAUUAUCCCUAAAAGAGAUGGAAGCAGAAAGGGAUGGAAAGAAGUCAAAUCAAAGUUAAAGAAGACCAGAGGUGCAGAAAAAACAAAGAUUUAUAUGUCAAGAAAAACAGACAAGAGAGAAGUCAUAAGAGCUUAAAAGGAAACUUAUCUUAAGGGUUUUGUUGGAAAAUGAUGAUCAUAAAUAUUAAUAGUACAUUAUAAUAAAACAAACUAAUAAUAAUUAGCAUAU